UUGAACUUAAUGGAGGAUCCCAUUUUGAAAAUUUCCAUGGUGCCAUCCACAUCCCCCACAGACUCCCCCAGGAGCAACUCCACAGAGGAGAGCCAUGAAGGUAAAAGUCCAGCUCCUGGAAAGACCCUGAGCAUAGGUAUGCUGUGUAAGGUGUGUGCAGACACAAGCAGUGGGAAACACUAUGGUAUCUACGCCUGCAAUGGCUGCAGUGGUUUCUUCAAGCGCAGUGUGAGACGCAGACUAAUUUACAGGUGCCAAGCUGGAACAGGCAUGUGUCCAGUUGAUAAAGCCCAUCGUAACCAGUGCCAGGCUUGUCGUCUAAAGAAAUGCCUUCAAGCUGGCAUGAACAAAGAUGCUGUGCAGAAUGAACGUCAGCCCCGAAGCACAGCUCAGGUCAGGCUGGACUCUCUGGAUGUGGACACAGAAAAAGAGCACCUGGCCACCACCCGGGAGCCCACAUCCUCCUCAUCUACUUGCUCUGUGAUCAGCAGGCCCCUGCUGGCCUCCUCCAUUAGCUCCAACAUAAGCUCCACUGGCCCCAACCAGCGCAGCAGCAGCCCCAAGAACAGUCACCGCUUUAUGGCCAGCCUGAUGACCGCAGAAACCUGCGCUAAGCUAGAGCCUGAAGACGUGGAUGAGAAUAUUGACGUAACCAGUAACGAGCCUGAGAGAAGCUCCCCAGAGUGCAACACGUCCCUCUACUCGUACUCUGGCCCUGAGAGUGUGUAUGAGACCUCAGCUCGUCUCCUCUUCAUGUCUGUUAAAUGGGCAAAGAACCUGCCAGUGUUCUCCCAUCUGCCCUUCAGGGACCAGGUGAUUCUACUAGAGGAAGCGUGGAGUGAGCUUUUCCUCCUCUGUGCCAUUCAGUGGUCACUGCCGCUUGACAGCUGCCCCCUGCUCUCUCUGCCUGACUUGUCUCCUCCUUCCCAGGGCAAGAGCAGCCCCUCAGCCUCUGACCUGCGCCUCCUGCAGGAGGUCUUCACCCGCUUCAAAGCCCUGCAGGUGGACCCCACUGAGUUUGCCUGCUUGAAGGCCAUUGUUCUUUUCAAGCCAGAGACACGUGGCCUCAAAGACCCAGAACAAGUUGAGAAUCUGCAGGACCAGUCUCAAGUAAUGCUUGCUCAGCAUAUACACACACUCUACACCAGUCAGGCAGCAAGGUUUGGAAGGCUAUUGUUACUUCUUCCCUCCCUACACUUUGUGAGCUCAGAGAGGAUUGAGCUGCUCUUUUUCCACAGAACCAUCGGGAACACUCCCAUGGAGAAGCUACUCUGUGACAUGUUCAAGAAUUGA